AUGACGGCUCCUUCUUCCUCGCUAGAUUCGCAUGUGUUGACCGCACUUGACCGUAUUCAGCAAGAUCAAGCACGAAUAUUGUCAACGGUCGAAUCUCUGGCUGAGAAAAUAGAUAUCACUGGUGCCCGGACAGAUUCUGUUCGCCCAGAAUCGGUAAUAGCUAAUGACUCUCAGCACAAUAGACCCUACGGCACCGACGCAACUGGAAUAGAAAAUGCUCAAACCACGAUAGAAGGAGAAGUUCCUCAGUCAUUGGCUUUCCCCGGCCUGGUCCCACGCUCCAACUUCACCUCUCGCAUUGUUCUCACCACCUAUCCCAAGCAGACCGGGAUCAGCCCCUUGGCAAUGGAUUGGGGCAAUGUUGACCCCCUGAGGCGAGGCCCAGUCGUCGUCUCACGAUCUCCAUCAACUAUAAGACGCCGAAAUGGUCCUGGAGGAUCUUAUUCCGUAUACUAUGCUCUCGCCGUCGCAAGUAAGGAGCUCGACGCGGAUCAUCGACCGGACUUUACGAACACAGAGCCUGCCGCUCAGAUUGGCCCUUUUCCUCAAUGGAGUGACCCGCGCAAAAUUGUUGCGAUGGAUCCUUGGGGUCAUGCGGCCCCAUGGGUGUUCAAGGACAUCAUGGAAAAAGAGCGCAUUGACCUACGACCCACAAUCGCCAUCACGAAAGCCCACAUGAGACUUCCCGAAUUGGAGGAUAGUGUCAAGAGCGGACGGCUCAUACCCGAUGGCAAGGUUUGCAUCAACCACCUUGGCGAGCUUGCUGUCACCAAAAUCGCAGUCGAGCCAGUUUGGUAUCUCCCUGGUGUUGCCGAAAGAUUUGGAAUAGACGAAGCUACUCUCCGUCGAUCUCUGUUUGAGCACACAGGUGGCAGCUAUCCCGAGCUGAUUACUCGCGGAGACAUCAAAGUCUUCUUACCUCCAAUUGGUGGAUUGACGGUGUACUGUUUUGGAGAUCCUGAAAAGAUGUCCAACGAAAACGUCCGAUUAUCCUUACGAAUCCAUGACGAGUGCAAUGGAAGUGACGUUUUCGGCUCUGAUAUCUGCACAUGUCGCCCUUAUCUCAUAUUUGGCAUUGAAGAGGCUGUCAAAGAGGCACAAAACGGUGGAAGUGGCGUCGUGAUAUACUUCAGGAAAGAGGGUCGUGCGCUAGGUGAAGUUACCAAGUAUUUGGUUUACAACGCUCGCAAACGGGGUGAAGAUCGUGCUUCAGACUAUUUCCUGAGGACGGAAAAUAUUGCUGGAGUCAAGGACAUGCGUUUCCAAGCCCUCAUGCCAGAUAUUCUACAUUGGCUAGGCAUCAAGAAAAUCGACAGGAUGUUGAGCAUGAGCAACAUGAAGCACGACGCCAUUGUUGGCCAGGGCAUCCCGAUCCUGGAGCGAGUCGAGUUACCGGAAGAGCUGAUCCCGGCCGAUUCGAGAGUUGAAAUUGAUGCAAAGAUCACAGCGGGAUACUUCACAUCUGGUAAACGCCUCACGGCUGAAGAGCUGCAGUCGGUCCAGGGUCGUACGUGGGAAGACAUUGAUCAUUAA